AUGUCCAAUAGUUCGACGACUCCUCCGCAUCGCAAACGUUUUUCAUUUUCCCCAACAACAAGUACAGCCCCGUCAGCUAAUGCGGUCCUCCGAAACAACAAACAACAGUCCACUAACUCUCAUCCUUCAUUUCUUUCGUAUCGAACACCAGAAAGCUCGAAUAAGCAAAACAAAGCAUGUUCUCCAUCACGCUCUAACAACACUCCUCUUUGCGAUCGAUUCAUUUCGAAUCGAAGCUCAUCGAACUUGAGGUAUGGCCUCUCAUCUCCAUCAAUUUUCGAUGCUCUCUCCUCCAGCAGCACUCGUCGUUCGAUAGCAACGCCCUUUCUUCGUAGAAGUAGUUUCAGCUAUGGACGUCCACGAGAAGUCGACGAACGCUCCAUCACCAACUCCUCUCCUAACUCUUCCUUGUACCAGUACUAUCAAUACAAUCACCUCUCCACUUCACCCACAACAAGUCGACCACUAAGCAGAGCUGGAUCAGGUUACUCUUCACCACGUGGUGGGUUCUCCACAAGUAACAAUAACCACUCACCACUCAGCACUACUCCUCCUUCAACACUCUCUGACUCUUCAGGAAGAAGCUUGAACAACUCUCUCAAUAAUAGCUUGGGCUCAUCGACCUCUACCAACAGUAGCAGUGGCAGCAGCAGUUAUGGACAUUUGGACGUGUCCAGCUUGACUCUUGAAGAUGUAAAUUCAGGAAGUGGGUUGUCAUAUCCUCAAACUUUAGCAGUCACUGACUUGGAUAUGUCAUCAUCUUUUAAUCCUUUUGGUCCUCAACAACAACCUCUUGUAAAUCCUCUCAAUCAGAGCUUUUCACUGAAUGAUCCCGAAUCGGUGGAUUACUUUUUACAAAUGCCUUUUCCACAAACAUCCUUGUUUUCGUCCUAUCAAGAGGAAGAUGGCGAAGAUCACAACAACGAAGAAGAAGAAGAUUCCAAUCUCUCUCUUUCCACAGGUAAAGGCACCACUGCACCAAAUGGAUUUAACAUGGAUGGUGUGAGUGUUGGUGGAAAAGGUCAUGUGUUUAAUAAUCUCUUAAUUUCAGAACUCCUUCCUAACAGCCAAUCUGUCGUGAAUACUCCAUAUCUUUCUCCCUCAUCAUCGUCAUGUACCAAUUACAAUUCUCUCUUUCCCACAUUCUUAGAUUCCCAAAGUCAUGCAGCAUCGAAAAGCAUUUCAAUUCACAGCAUGACCCAUCCACAACCCAAACACCGAUCCUUAUUACAAUCACGAAGUGUCACAUCCUCUCCUCUCAAAAGAUCAUCCUCUCCUAACUCCACAAAUUCCAACAUUUUAAAGUUUAGACCAAACUCUACGAACGGUAUUGAUGUUAGCAGAAGACAAGCAUAUAAUAGCAACAAGGGAAUUCCUGAACCAACUCUAAGUAUGCUUAUUCAUCCGAAUAACACAAUCCUAGCUAGAAAUGGUAUUAACUUUAAAACCAACCAACAAAUUGUACUAUCGAAAGGGAAUCGAAAAAUUCCUGAAGUGCCGUUGCGAGUGUUAGAUGCUCCAGGAAUUCGAGAUGAUUUUUAUUUGAACUUGAUCGAUUGGGGAGAUUGCAAUCAAAUUGCUGUUGCCUUAAACACAAGUGUGUUUUUGUGGAAUGCAACCAAUUAUACCGUUUCGAACUUGGUUUCUAUGGACGAGGGUAAUCUUGUUUGCUCUGUUUCAUGGAUGAGACAUGAUCCAAAUGUUUUAUCGAUAGGAACAGAGGAUGGAUUUGUAUCGAUCUAUGAUGUACAAAAACAAAUCAAGAUUAGAGAUGUUCACAGACAUGCAGAACGGGUGGGAAGUAUUUCAUGGAAUGGAUAUCAAAUCGCUACUGGGUCAAGGGAUAAUAAUAUAUUCAUCAGUGACAUUCGAAGCAAGAAUUCCAUGAUUAAGCUAAGCAGUCAUUCUCAAGAAAUUUGUGGUUUACAAUGGAAUCCUCAAGGUAAUCAAAUUGCCAGUGGUGGAAAUGAUAAUAACUUGUUUGUGUGGGAACCAGGCUAUAAUUUUAGACACCCACUAUGGAAAUUUAAUGAUCACAAUGCAGCAGUGAAAGCUUUGGCAUGGUCUCCAAAUCACAGCAAUCUUCUAGUGUCUGGAGGUGGAGUUAAGGAUCGAUGCCUUCGAUUUUGGAAUACAUCUACAGGAGAAAUGCUAUCCUCACGGAAAACGAGUAGUCAGAUUUGUAAUGUCUAUUGGAACAAACAAACAAACGAACUGGUAACAACUCAUGGUUUCAGUCAAAACAAUAUUACCGUGUGGAGCAGUUUUCCUUUUGUAGAGCCGAUAACACACUUGUAUGGACAUACAGAAAGAGUGUUAUUUCUCACAUCAUCACCUGACGGAUCGCAAAUUGUCACUGGCUCUGGGGAUGAAACAUUAAGGUUUUGGUCUCUUUUUGAACCUGAAAGAUCUUCAACUAAUAUUUUGGGAGAGUCCUAUGAAAUACGAUAG